AGGGAGGGGUGGAAAGCACAGGGGAGGACUGCUCUGAUUUCACUACCUGUGGAAAGCCACACCAAGGGCACUGGAGUCACACAGAGCACACAGCCUGAGAACAGAAGAAUUUCACUGCCUCACUGACAAACCAAAGUCACGGCUUUCCUCUGCCUGGGUGGAUUAUACUGAUUCUGUUCUGACAGUACUAUCCAGACAUGGCGGAGGCGCAUCAGGCGGUGGGCUUCCAGUUCACUGUGCGCCCAGAUGGUGUGGACGUUAAACUGAGUCAAGAGGUCAUCAAAAACAUUUACCUCUCUGGAGUGACAGCAUGGGAGAAGCGAGCCAUUCAAUUCAAGAAUGGUAUAUUGACCGGAGUCUAUCCUGCCAGUCCGUCCAGCUGGCUGAUUGUUGUGAUCGCCAUGAUGAGUUCCUUGUAUAUCCACGUAGACCCCUCUCUAGGAAUGAUUGACACAAUCAAAGACAACCUACCACACAGAGACUAUAUAUCAGUGCAGACCCAAGCGGUGCUGAGUGCCAUCCUGUUUGCCACUGGGCUGUGGCUAUUCCUCAUCUACCUCUUGAGAUACACUCUCAAAGCUCUACUCUCCUACCAUGGAUGGAUUUUUGAAUCCCAUGGAAAAAUGAGCACAUCUACCAAAGUGUGGCUGAGUCUGGUGAAGAUCUUCUCUGGGCGCAGACCGCUGCUCUACAGUUUCCAGGCCUCCUUACCCAGGCUCCCUGUGCCCAGUGUGGAUGAUACAAUUCACAGGUACCUGGAGUCAGUCCGUCCUCUGCUGGACAGUGAACAGUACAACCAAAUGGAGAAUUUGGCAAUUGACUUUAAAAAUUCCAAAGCAGCUCAGCUGCAGAGAUAUCUAAUCUUAAAAUCCUGGUGGGGGACAAACUAUGUAAGUGACUGGUGGGAGGAGUACAUCUACCUCAGGGGCAGGAGUCCUAUCAUGGUGAACAGUAACUUCUAUAUAAUGGACCUCUUGUACUUGACCCCAACACACCGACAGGCUGCACGGGCAGGGAACGUGGUUCAUGCCAUGCUGCGGUACAGGCGCAAACUGGAACGUGGUGAACUUGCACCGCUGAGGGCUUUGGGAACCGUUCCUAUGUGUUCCACUCAGAUGGAAAGAAUAUUUAACACCACCCGCAUUCCCGGGAUUGAAACAGAUACUGUUCAGCACCUGACUGACCGUAAGCACCUGGUUGUCUACCACAAGGGCCGUUUCUUCCAAGUGUGGCUGUACACUGGAGGGCGCCACCUCUUACCCAGUGAACUUGAGACACAGUUUCAAAGAAUCCUCAAUGAUACAUCAGAACCCCAACUAGCUGAACUAAAAUUAGCUGCCUUGACUGCAGGAAACAGAGUUCCAUGGGCUCGAGCUCGGGUUAAAUAUUUCAGCCAGGGAAGAAACAAAGUGUCCCUGGAUGCCAUUGAGUCAGCUGCCUUCUUCCUGACACUAGAUGACGAGCCGCAGGGUUAUGACCCUGCCAACCCCAAAUCACUUGACAGUUAUGCCAAGUCCCUGCUUCAUGGAAAGUGUUACGACAGGUGGUUUGACAAGUCUUUCAACUUGAUUUCUUAUACAAAUGGAAAAAUGGGUGUAAAUGUUGAACAUUCUUGGGCUGAUGCACCAAUUGUAGGACAUAUGUGGGAGUAUGUCCUUGCAACAGACUGUUUCCAGCUCGGCUACACAGAGGAGGGACACUGUAAAGGGGAUGUGAACAAAGGCCUGCCUCAUCCCACUCGACUACAGUGGCAGAUUUCAAAGGAGUGCCAAGACGUCAUUGAGUCUUCAUAUCUGUCAGCCAAACAGAUAGCUGAUGACGUGGACUUCCAUGGCUAUCUGUUCACUGAGUUUGGGAAAGGACUGAUCAAGAAGUGCAGAACCAGUCCUGAUGCCUUCAUUCAGCUGGCCCUGCAGCUGGCACAGUUCAGGGAUCAGGGAGUGUUUUGUCUGACGUACGAGUCAUCAAUGACUCGCAUGUUCAGAGACGGUCGGACAGAGACGGUACGCUCCUGCACUUCUGAGGCUGUUGCAUUUGUCAGAGCCAUGGAGGAUGCAGGUGCAACAAAUGCCCAGAGACUUGCCCUGUUUCGGAAGGCAGCAGAUAAGCAUCAAAACAUGUAUCGUCUGGCCAUGACUGGUUCUGGUAUCGACCGUCACCUCUUCUGUCUCUACAUUGUGUCCAAAUACCUUGGUGUCGACUCACCAUUCCUUAAAAAGGUGCUUUCAGAGCCCUGGAAGUUGUCUACCAGCCAAACUCCGCAGCAGCAGCUUAAUUUGGUUGACAUCAACAAGUUCCCUAAAUAUGUCGGUGCUGGUGGUGGAUUUGGCCCAGUAGCUGAUGAUGGUUAUGGUGUGUCUUAUAUAAUUGUUGGGGAAAACCUCAUCACAUUCCACAUCUCCAGCAAGUUCUCCAGUCCUGACACAGACUCAUUCCGGUUUGGUCAGCACAUUGGGAGGGCCAUGUUGGAUAUUCAAGCACUUUUCAAGCCUGAAAAUGAUAAGAAGACGGUAGAGCACACUGAGCAUGUACAGCUGGAAAAUGGGAAAAAGCACAUAUGACAGACACUGUGAUGAGUGGUAUGCUGGAUUUGGCUCACAUAAAACCAGUCUCAUUGUCAUGCUUCAACCAUAAAAAGAAAAAAUUUUAUGGUGACAGGUUGCACUUAGAAUCUUUUUCCUUUUCAGUGGGUCACAUCAUAUGAGCUGGCCACCCAGCCAGACUAAAGGCAAAGUGUUACUUCUCUAAUUUAUUUCUAUUUUAUAUUGUACCUUCCAGAGCUGUUGAUUUGGUGCUGAGGGAAAGACUCAAUCUUUCAAUGUUUGUUUCUUCCUCCUUUUUGUCAGUGUAUGCCAUAUACUGUAAAUAAAGCUAAUGUAAUCUGAAAUGUCUGCUUAAAGAACUCAGUAGUUUGAAACUAA